AGCAAAGUUUUUCACAAGUUUAUUAAUCGAGCAACGCGUUUGAAAGAAGAAGCGCGAGCAACUUUUGCCAAGUGACAUCUCAAGGACAUGCACGUCAUUUACAGUUCAUGCGCAAUGUUUUUUGGAGAUGUUUCAGGAGUUGGAAAGCCAAGUGUCAUCCGUGCACGGUCACCUAAUCUGCAUUUUAUGUGAUUUACGUGUGAGAUGGUCCGUUACAACCUCCCAGGUUGGGGAGAAAUAACUUAAAACACUGCGACGCGCGUUUUCGCCUCAUAAUGAAAGUAGUGAGCGUGGUUUUUACGUUGGUCGCUUUGUGGAGGAUAAGUGUGGCGAGCAGGAGACACUGUCCCGACCUCACCGUGGAGAGUUGUGAGUGUGCAGCAGAGCGCUCCAGGGCGCUGAACCGGCGUAGCGCGCGCGUCACCGUGACUUGUGAUGAUGCGGAUUUGACGGACACGCUCGAGCCCCAUACGCUGCUCAGCACCACUGCCUCACUGAUCCUCAGCAAUAACAAAAUCUCAACAGUGAAAAAUGCUUCUUUCUUCAGCUUGAGCUCUCUGGAGAGACUGGACCUGAGGAGUAAUUUGAUUAGUACAGUGGAGCCUGGAGCAUUUUGUGGAUUGGCUAUGCUGAAGAGGCUGGAUCUAUCCAACAACCGCAUUGGAUGCCUUUCCGCGGACAUAUUUCUUGACCUUGGCAAUCUCUCGAAGCUAAAUUUAUCUGGAAACAUCUUCUCCACACUGCCUGAAGGGCUGUUCAUGCACUUGAGUUCCCUGAGAGUUCUACACUUCAGUACAGAUUACCUGUAUUGUGACUGCCAGUUGGAGUGGUUGCUGCUGUGGACCAGAGCCAGAUCUGUACGAGUGGGAAACGAGACAGCGUGUGUGUAUCCUUUACACCUCCAUGGCCUCCAAGUCCGUGGCCUCCAAGAACACCAACUCACCUGCGACAAUCCUCUGGAGCUCCCUCUGCUUCAGCUGAUCCCGUCUCAGAGGCAGCUAGUGUUCCGGGGUGACCGACUCCCACUGCAGUGCACCGCCUCCUACCUGGACCCCUCCAUCACUCUGAGCUGGAGCCAUAACCACUGGCCUGUACACACACAAGAAGAGAGAGGAGUGUAUGUGGAGGACAGCAUUAUCCAUGACUGCUGCCUGAUCUCCAGUGAACUAAUCCUCUCCAACGUGGAUGCUGAUGUUUCCGGUAAUUGGCAGUGCCACGUGACCAGUUCCCGUGGCAACAGCUCCAUUGGCAUGGAGAUUGUUGUUUUGGAGACGUCUGCACUGUACUGCUCUGCAGAGAGGGUGACCGGCAACAAAGGUGACUUCAGGUGGCCUAAAACCCAGGCUGGUUUAAUGGUCUUUCUUCACUGUGCCAUAGCCUCCUACAGCUCUCACGAGAAGAGGGCGUGGCGUAGGUGUGAUAAGCAGGGACGGUGGGCAGAGGACGACUACAAUCAGUGCCCUUACUCCAGAAAUUUCACCCGCAUGCUGCAUGAACUUACACAGAUACCAGUGAACACCUCCAACGCUCUGCUCCUGGCCCAACAGCUCUCCUCCAUAACUAGCGAUGCAACAAUGUUUGAUGACAUGGUGGACGUCAUCUUUGUCACACAUCUUGUUGAGAGAAUUACACGUCUUGUGGAUCGCCUCAGAGAACUAGGAGACUACGUGUCCGACAUCGCAAGCAACAUGAUGCAGGUGGAAGAGCACUUCCUUUGGAUGGCUCAGAAUGAAGCUCGAGCCUGCACACGCAUCAUACAGUGUGUUGAGCGCAUUGCAGACCUCACCUUCAACACACACACCCAGAACAUCUCAAAGGUCUCUGCUAACAUAGCUUUGGAGGCCUUCGUGCUCAGGCCUUCAAGUGUAAUGGGUUUGUUGUGUACAGUGGUGGCUAAUCCAGGUCACAAUACUGGCGCUGGUGUUUCUGGGGCUUCCAGAUCGUUGGAGGAUACUCUCCUCAAUUUCAGAUGUCAUACAGCCAAUGACACAGGAUCACCCAGCGGCCAGCUCAGUCAGAACGCAGUGGCUGUCGCCUCCAUUCAUUUACCGCUGGCUGGCUCUGUGCGCGCCUCCACCUUGCGAUCUGUUGAUAACACGACCUGCAGGCUGCAGCUGAUUGUAUUUCGCAAUGGAAAACUCUUUCCAUGCACGGGUAACUCGUCAAGCUUGGCAGACGACGGCAAGCGGAGGAGCGUGGCGACUCCGGUCGCUUUCGUCAAAUUAGAUGGCUGCAGUCUCGAUAGCUCCGUUCAGCCCGUCAUUAUCACCCUGAGACACUUGGCUAUAGGUGCAGAUCCCACCGCAGCCUACUGGGAUUUCGACCUGCUGGAUGGCCACGGAGGCUGGCGGGCGGAGGGCUGCCACAUAACGGGCUCGGCGGGCAACACCACUACUAUAUAUUGCACACAGCAUAAAAACUUCGCUGUGCUCAUGGAUCUGAAGAAGGUGCUGUCGUUCCCACCAUACCCGGGGGACUUCCUGCACCCGGUCGUGUAUGCCUGCACUGCUGUCAUGCUGCUCUGCCUUUUUGCUUCCAUCAUCACUUACAUAGUGCACCACAGUACAAUCCGGAUCAGCCGGAAAGGAUGGCACAUGCUCCUGAACUUCUGUUUCCACACAGCUCUGACGUUCGCUGUGUUCGCCGGAGGCAUCAACCGCAUCAAAUACCCAAUUUUCUGCCAAGCGGUUGGAGUAAUACUUCAUUACUCGUCUCUGUCCACUAUGCUAUGGCUGGGCUUCACAGCUCGGAACAUCUACAAACAGGUGAUCAAGAAACCCCCCAAGCCUCAGGAUGGAGACGUGCUUCCUCACCCACCCAGAUCACCCAUGCUGAGGUUUUAUUUAAUCGGCGGAGGAAUUCCCUUCAUUAUCUGUGGCAUCACAGCUGCCAUCAACAUAGAAAAUUAUGGCAGCGGAGAACAAACUCUGUACUGCUGGAUGGCAUGGGAGCCUAGUCUCGGAGCUUUCUAUGGACCUGUGGCAUUCAUCGUUUUGGUGACAUGUGUCUACUUCCUGUGCACCUUCAUCCAGUUGCGUAAACACCCAGAGAGGAAAUAUGAGCUAAAGGUGCUGUCUGAGGAGCAGCAGAGACUCUCUGCUGCUGAUGUGCCCCGCUGCCACCAUCAAGGUGAACCUGGCAUGCCAGGAGGUGAUGGGACCCGCUGUCAUGCCGGCUGUCCGGGCCUGAUCAACCCAUCUUUACUCGCCAACGAGCACUCAUUCAAGGCCCAGCUAAGGAGCGCUGCAUUUACAUUGUUUUUGUUCUUAGCCACAUGGACAUUUGGGGCUCUGGCUGUGUCUCAGGCUCAUUUCCUGGACAUGAUAUUCAGCUGUCUGUAUGGAGCGUUCUCGGUCACUCUGGGUCUUUUUGUGCUGAUUCACCACUGCGCUAAGCGUGACGAUGUCUGGCAUUGCUGGUGCGCCUGUUGCCCUGGUCACCAAGCUAAUAACUGCCAAGGGCAUGGGCACACCCAUGGGCACCCUAAGGUAAACGUUAAUGGGGAUGUACACAGGCAUGGGCAUGGGCACGAUCACUGCCUCUUGGACUCGCCCUGCACAGGAAAAUCUGUCCUUAGCCACACACACUCACAUGGCCUGUGUAAGCUCAGUAACCUGCAGGCGCAGAAUCACGUAACCUGCUUGACCCCUGUGAGCCCUGUGACCCCUUGUUGCUCCGCUCUCCACACAGAGAAGCUGCUGGAAGAGAGGCCCAUUCACCUGCACAGCUGCCUGAAACCAGGCAGGACUAAAGGAAGGCAGCGGGCAUCGCCAGUUGGAGAGAGAGAGCUGGCUUUCCAUCUUCCAGCCAGUGUAGAUGCAGGCAGUGGACACAGCUCACCCACUGACAGCCUGCACAGCACCUGCCAACGCCAGGGUCACAUCUGCCACCUGGCCCAAGAGGAGCACCAGGGGUGGCACCAUGCAUGCUCUCACCAUGACACUUCAAUGUGCCAUACUGCACUUUGCCACCGGCACACUUGCUGUACCAAGGCAGAGAUCCUGCCUUCGCCCCUGUGCCACACUGAGAGCAGGGAGCCGGGAACCCUGCUCUGCAGCUGCGGGAAGAUGGCCGAGGAUGAGCUUGCAGUGCCGUGUCAUGGCCAUGUAGAGAUACACCCUCGCAGACAGUCCUUCCCACAGUGUGUACCAAACCAGAACGGGCUUCUCAAAGGAAGUGGACAUGAGGGACAUCUGUACCCAUCUGACAGCACAGGGAAUAUACGCACUGGACCCUGGAAGAAUGAAACUACUGUGUAGUUCAAGGGCUCGAUGCGCAUUCUGAGUUAACCACCUUCUCUAGGAUAUAAAAAAAACGAAGCAGACGUUCUAAAGAUUCAUAUCUGUUUUGGUUUUAAUUUGAUCUAAAUCAUUCCUUUCAGAUUUGUUUUCUUUUAUUGUUUAUUGUAUAAAAACAUCAUCCCAGAAUGGCUACACAGACCUGACUUGUCAGGAAAAAGGAAACAUUAUUUGACACUUGCUGCCAGAUUGGGGUCAUGCUCUAUAUCCGGAUUUUACCUUUUACCACAAAGCUAAUUUUAUCACUACAGAAUAACAAACAUUAUCUGAGUGUGACUUUGUGUGAGUGGGUUUUGUGUGUGCAAGUGCAUUUGAAUGUACUUUGUGUAUGUCCUUCUGCAAAUGCAAUCAAUUCAGUGUUUGGUGAAAAUAAUUCUUUCAUAAGAUACCGGAUUGUACUCUAAUGAGAUCUAAGUUAUUAAAUAAAAUGUUAUUGACAGUACCAAAACUGUACAACACAACUGAAGUGAAAAGAACUUAGAAUAAGUUCCAAGUGUCCAAGUACAACAUGAAUACAUCACCAGCAAUUUUAACUCAUCUGUGUUUUCAUGUCACUUUAACAAUCAUGCUUACUGUAUACUGUGAACAACAGCUAAAACUUAGUACAAUAGAAAACAAACAAACAAAAAAAAUAGACCUAGUUCUGUCUGAGUUCUUUUUGGCCUCUAUAUUGUGUAGACUAAAAAAAAAGAGAGAGACUGUCUGUUUUACUGCAGAUCUGUAACGAUUAAUCUGUUUCUAUGGUGAAUUUCCUAUCAUUGAGGUGUGUGUACAACAAUCCUCUCUAGGUGCUAGAAGACCAACUAACACAAUUACAUAAUAACCAUGGCCCAUCAAUCAGCUGGAGCAACCAAACUAACCACUGCUGAGAAAUGAAACAGAAAAAUUCACUUAUGUACACUCACCAUCCACUUUAGUAGGAACACCUGUUCACUAGCACAUUUAUGCAAUUAUCCAAUCAGUCAAUCAUGUGGCAACAAAGUGAUAAAUAAAAUUAUUCAGAUACAGGUCAAGAGCAGUUAAAGCUCACAUCAAAGAUCAGAAUGUGAUCUCAGUGACUUUGACUGUGGUUUGGUUUUUGGUUCCAGACAAACUAACUUGAGUAUUUAAGAAACUUGCUCAUUUCCAGGGUUUUUCAUGCACAACAGUCUAUAGAGUUUACACAUAAUGGUGAGAGAAACAAAAAACAUCCAUUUAGUAGUAGUAGUAGUAGUAGUAGUUCUGGAGCUAGAAAUGCCUCCAGAGGUCAGAGGACAAUGGCCAGACUGAUUCGAGCUGACAGGAAGGCUACAGUAACUCAAAUAACCAUAGUUGUGUCCCAAAUGACAUACUAUACACUAUGCACUUACACUAUGCACUACGUACAUUACCAUCUAGUGUGUGGAUUUUAGAAGGGUAGUAUCGUCUCCAAUGGAACACAAUUUUUUUUUUACUAACUGGAUGUAUAAGCUGUUUCCCAGUCAAUGGCAAAUGAUGUCAAACGCACGUAAUGCGACGCUGUCAAUAUGAUGUUGAUGUCAGUGGUACCUGAUAACUGAUCAGG